UGCAGGACUUGUGCCCACAGGGCUGGAACACAGCCGAGAUGGGGUGGGCAUAGCAGAUGGGGCAGAGGUCUUCCUCACUCGUGGGCUGCAGAGAGGACAGUGCAGGGUGGGCCGGGUUGGGCUCCCCCAAGGGACUUGUGGGGACGUCAGAUAAAUGGAAAUAGAACAUAAUGGGAUUUGGCCACAGACUUUGGAGCCCCCUCAUGCUAGCUUCUCUACCGGGCACACUUGGAUGGCACAGACUCACCGUGGCUGCACUCACCAGUGAGGCUGCCGCCGCCUGGGCAGACGCGGCAGUCAGGUGUGCCAGCAUCUGCUGCACCUGGGCCAGCUCUUCAGUGCUGAUAUAAUCUGUGUCUGAUGAGAAACGUGUGGCUUUAAUUCUGCCUCUUGAGUAGCCUUAGCCGAGGGCUGGCUCUACUAGAUCCUUGGGCCUGGCCCAGCCCCCAAUACCUCUAGCUGCCACCCCCACCCCUCAGUUAUGCAGAUGGGUGCUCCCCUCCACUUACAGCUCUGCAGGGAGAAGCGCUUCCGGUCAGGGGCAGGCAGGGCGGCGCCGGGCGCUGGGGGAUCUGACAGCCCCAAGAGAUAGCAUAUGGAACGGAGCUGGAAGCAGGGGUCAGCCAGGAGCACGGAAGUUGCUCGCUCUGUCCUGAUUGGGGGAGGGGGUGCUCAGGCCUGCUGGGAAAUGCUCUGCUGAGCGAGAGGAGCCACCCAGAACACCUGGGUGCUAGCCAACUCAGGAUUCCGUGGUAUAUCCCUGCUGGGCCCAGAGCAGGACCCAAACAGCCUUGACAUCACCUUGCGGGUGGGGGGCUUGACAGCUGCCAGGUGGGUAAAAGUUAACGAGCCCUGUGGCACAUUUAACCCUUCAAAAUCACUCCAGAUCUCCUCCCACUGCCGCUCCAGGGAGAGGAACGCUGCAGAAAUCCUUGAGCCAAAUGCUCCUGUGGGCCGUGCUCGCGCCCCCUCUGGUGGCCACACGGUGUCCCGCCCCCCUCCUGGAGCCAAUGGGGGCUGGAAGCUCUGCCGUAAGCCACGCCUCCCAGCGAGUACUUAACCGAGGGAUCGGGGGCGUGCUGGGAGACAGCGAGAGCUGCUGGCGGCGCAGGGAGAGUCCCGGCUCCCUGGUCUUGACCCAUUUGGCGCCACUCACGUCGGGUGUGAGCAGGAGCGGGUGAGUUCCUAAACUGCGUCCUGCCCCAUCCCUGGCGGUCAUUGCCAUGGCCCGGCUGGUGCCGCUGGGCGCAUUGCUGGGCGUGCUGCGCUUCGGGUUAAGCGCCCCAGACUUCCCCGAAGACUUCCUGCCCCCAGUGCCCCACAACUGUCCCGCGGGGUGUGUGUACGCCGCCGACCUGCUGAGCUGUGCGGGCCGCGGGCUGCAGGAAGUGCCGGCGGCGUUGCCUGCCACCGCCACGGACCUCGACCUCAGUCACAACGCGCUCCGCCGCCUGCGCCCCGGCUGGUUGGCGCCCCUCUCCCGGCUGCGUGCGCUGCGCCUGAGCCACAACGAGCUGGAGGCGCUGGGUCGCGGCGUCUUUACCAACGCCAGCAGCCUGCGGCUGCUCGACCUGUCAUCCAACGCCCUGCGGGCGCUGGGCCGCCACGACCUCGACGGGCUAGGGGCGCUGGAGAGGCUGCUGCUCUUCAAUAACCGCCUGGCCCGCCUGGACGAGCACGCCUUCCACGGCCUGGGCGCCCUCAGCCAGCUCUACCUGGGCUGCAACGAGCUCACCGCCUUCUCCUUCGACCGCCUGCACGGCCUGGGCGCCGCCCGCCUCCGCACGCUGGACCUCUCCUCCAACCAGCUGCACCGCAUCCCCGUGCCCCAGCUGGCCGCGCUGCCCGACUUCCUCAAGAACGGCCUCUACUUACACAAUAACCCCUUAGCCUGCGACUGCCGCCUCUACCACCUGCUGCAGCGCUGGCACCAGCGGGGCCUGGGCGCCGUGCGCGAAUUCGCGCGCGAGUACGUGUGCCUGGCCUUCCGGGUGUCCACGUCGCGGGUGCGCUUCUUGCAGCACAGCCGCGUCUUUGAGAACUGCUCCGCUGCCAGUGCCCAGGACUUAGAGCGGUCCGAGGAGCAGCUGACGGUGCAGGCGGGCCAGCCCCUGCGGCUGCGCUGCAACACCAGCGCCCCGGCCACGCGCGUCGCCUGGGUCUCUCCCGAGCACGAACUGCUCCUGCCGCCGGGCUCCCGCGAUGGAAGCAUCCAGGUGCUGGCCGACGGAAGCCUGGCCAUCAGGAAGGCGCAGCAGCAGCACCACCAGGGCAUUUUCGUGUGCCUGGCCGCCGGACCCCACCUCCACAACCAGACGCACGAGUACAACGUGAGCGUGCACCAGCCGCGGCCGGACGCCAAGGGCUUCAACACGAGCUACACCACGCUGCUGGGUUGCAUCGUGGCGCUGGUGCUGGUGCUGCUCUACCUAUUCGUGCCGCCCUGCCGGGGUUGUUGCUGCUGCUGCCGCCAGGCCUGCCACUGCCGCCGCUGCCCCAGCUCGCCCAGCCCCCUGCAGGAACUCAGUGCUCAGUCCUCCGUGCUCAGCGCCACGCCCCCUGAAGUACCCAGCCGCAAGGCCAGCACCCACAAGCACGUGGUCUUCCUGGAGCCGGGCAGAGGGGGCCUCAAUGGCCGCGUGCAGCUGGCCGUAGCCGAGGACUUUGACCUCUGCAACCCCGGGACCCUGCAGGUCAAGAUCAGCUCAGGAUCUGCUAGCUCCACGGCCUCUGAGGGGCCUGUGGUGACCUAGGCUGCUCAGGGUCCCUGGGCCAUCGCCUCGCCUGCCGCUUGCCCUGCUCCCUGCCGCGCAGUCCACUCACCCAGCAGCCCGCCUAGGGCCAGUUUCAAUGCACUUCUGGAAGGUUUGGGGUCCCGGGCCUGUCUCCUGCUCUGCCCCAUCAAAGGACUGCCCAGCCCCUGACGUAGCAGAGUUGUUCUGCAACUGGCCCAGGGAGCUCCAGGUUCCCACACUGCCCCAAGAGGAAAGAGGCUGAGGCCCAUCUCGCCAGUAUUUGCAAUCAGGUUCCAGCAGCUGCUGGGGUGUGGGGCUGCAGGGCUGGGGGGAUGUGGCAGGCCACAGGGAAUGAGGGAGCUCUGGAGCAGGACCUGGCGCCCCCACCAGGUGGAAAGAAGGAACAGACUCCACCAGCACCCAAUCUACUUAAAGCCUGCCCCCCUCAGAUGACAGAUAUGGAGUCUGGAGGCAGGCAGGAGGUAGGCGGCUAGUGCUAGGAGAGACUGCAGGGGCUUGACCUGAGUCCCAGGAAGACUGGCCCUGUUCUUGCCAGGCUUCCAAGAGGACAUUGCCCAUUCCAUAGCAGCCUCACGGGAGGAAACAGAGGGCCAACAAGGCCUGUGUCCUCAGCUUUGCGGCAGCAAAAAGCCUGCCUGGCCAAGCUGAGGGGUGUUGGGUGGAGGGGGUACUCACUGAGCCGGAACUUGCCGUCCCUCGAGGCCGGAGCCUCUUAAGGGCUGGCACUGAUCUCAGCCUAAUGGCUGAGGCAAAGCCCAGCUUCUUCCCACACGUCACCCCCAACUACAGGGAGAGGUCUUCGAAAUCCUCCCUCGAGAGGAGGUGGGACUGGAACCCUGUGGCAUGCUGGGCCCAGCUAUCAUGGAGUUUCUCAAUAAAGACCGGACACACCCA